GUCCUAAGAAAGGAGAGGGGAGAGAGACCCACAGAGACAGGGUCCAGGGACAGUGGAAGGGCCUGGGGCUGCCAUCUGGGAGCCAGCUCCAGACCCCUGCCCCCAGGGGCUGUAGGGGCUGAGACAGACAGACAUCCUUCAGACACACAGACAGAGGAGACAAGGAAGGGGUGUCAGAGCCAAAGAGUCCAGAUAGACUGACAGGGAAGGGGGGCAGGGACAAGAGAGGGACAAGGACACAAAGAGAGGAACGAGAAGGGAGAGGGCAGGGCAGAGGAGAGGAGAGAAAAAGAAAGAAGGAAAAGGGAAGAGAAGAGAAGGAAAGGGAAAGAAGGGAGAGGAGAACAGAGCUUUUGGGCCACAGCACCAGGAGCCUUUGAAGCUGCAGGCGGUGUCCCCAGGGCCAGGGGUCAGGCCAGGUCACCAGCAUCGUCGUGGGCAGGCCCGCAGCAUGAAUGGCCCCGCACUCCUGAGGAGAAAUGCUAGCAAACGGGGCCUGGAGAAGCUGCUGAGGCUCACAACUCAGUGGAGAGAAGAAGACAAAGAAGAGGCUGCCCGUGAGCAGCGCCAACGGGAGCGAGAGAGGCAGCUGCAGGACCAGGACCAAGACAAAGUUGAAGAUGAAGGAGAUCAUUCUCUGGAACAGCCAGAACAGCAGGCACUCCUCAGUCUAAAGUCCUCUGAACUGGAUGAAGAUGAGGGUUUUGGUGACUGGUCCCAAAAGAUGGAGCAACGGCAGCAAUGCUGGGAGAAUGAGGGGACUGCAGAGGGUACUGAGCCCUCUCAAAAUGAGAGUCCAGAAGAGACGCAGGCAGAGGACAGGUCUCAACAAGUCAAAGUCCACCUGGAAGAGUUAAACCUGAGCCAGGAGGAGCCCAGUCCAGAGGAUACUGUUGGGAGUUGUGAGGAGGCAGAAGAGAACCUGGCAAGUCAUCAGGCCAGGACCCCCAGUCCUUUGGCCUUGGAAGAGACUGUUGAACCGAGUUCACCUCCCCUAAGCCCCACCACCACACUGGCUGACAGGACCGAGUCCCUGAAUCGUUCCAUAAAGAAGAGCAACAGUGUGAAGAAGUCCCAACCAACCUUGCCCAUUUCCACAAUUGAUGAGCGCCUGCAGCAGUAUACCCAGGCCACUGAGUCUGCUGGCCGGACUCCCAAGCUGUCCCGACAACCCUCCAUAGAGCUGCCCAGCAUGGCUGUGGCCAGUACCAAGACUCGUUGGGAGACAGGAGAGGUACAGACUCAGUCUGCCUCCAAGACACCCUCCUGUCAGGAUAUUGUAGCUGGAGACAUGAGCAAGAAAAGCCUGUGGGAGCAGAAAGGAAGCUCCAAGAUCUCAUCCACCAUCAAGAGCACCCCAUCUGGAAAGAGGUACAAGUUUGUGGCCACUGGACAUGGGAAGUAUGAGAAAGUGCUCGUGGAUGAGGGCUCAGCACCUUAGAUCAUGGAUGUAUCUUGGAGAGACUCCACUCAGAUGCCACUCCCAGCCCUGACCAAGAAGUCGCUUCCUGUUGCCAGUCUGGCCUGCUCUGGAGCCUCCAACAGCCCAACUGCCACCUCCCCUCCUCUUGCUCCUGGACCCUCUAUCUUCUAUGCCCUCUCAUUCUUUGACUGACCACCCCCCCAACUCUGCCUCUCAUCAUCAGCUAAAGGAACCACUCCCUAGAGGAGCCAAGAGCUCCCAAAGAAGAAUGGAGGAGAGAAGGCCAGUAUCUCAAUCAGAUCCAAGGGGUACCUGUCCCCAUGCUGAAUGUUCAGGACUCUUAGUCCUGUUCUUCCCUGUUUGCAGAUCCCCCAUUUUAUGUAAUAAAGCACCUUGAGUGGCCCCAUGCAGUGGCUCUCCUGUGCUCACUAACAGGGAACCUGGGUGGUCAGAACAGAAAGUGCCACAUCUGUUGGCCACCCCACACUGCAUAGCAUACAUCAUCUCUGCAGGCAAUUCUGUCUUGUCCUAUGGCCUUGCAGUGUGUUAUGGUCCAGGAUCUUAGGUAUGGGGUGACCCAAGUUGAGGUAUCAACAAUGGAUGUGGCUUAACUCCUCUUCCAGAACAUUGGUGACACUUCCUUGCCUGAAUAAAAAUAAACCUACUAGCACCUGAA